AUGCAACUGCUGACAACACCACAACAACAGUUCAAGUUAGUUCUACAGAACCCAAGCCUUCGGACGAAGCUGGGGAAAAAGAAAGUGUCGAGCAAUCUCAGCAUGAAGAAAAUGAUACGCAACCUCCCACUACGAUUGAAAAUAAAGAUGUAACUGCUGACGACACUGCAACAACAGUUGAAGUUAGUUCUGCGGUGUCUAAGCCGUCGGAAGAAGCUAGGAAUCAGAAAGUGUCGAGCAAUCUCAGCAAGAAGAAAAUGAUAAACAACCUCUUACUAGUGACACUACGAUUGAAAAUAAAGAUGUAACCACUGAUAACAAUACAAUAACAGUUGAAGUUAGUUCUUCAGAACCCAAGCCUUCGGAAGAAGCUGGGAAUCAGGAAAGUGUCGAGCAAUCUCAGAAACAAGAAAAUGAUAAGCAACCUCUCACUACGAUUGAAAAUAAAGAUGCAACCACUGAUAACACUACAACAACAGUUGAAGUUAGUUCUACAGAACCCAAGCCUUCGGAAGAAGCUGGGAAUCAGGAAAGUGUCGAGCAAUCUCAGAAACAAGAAAAUAAUAAGCAACCUUCCACUACGAUUGAAAAUAAAGAUGCAACCACUGAUAACACUACAACAACAGUUGAAGUUAGUUCUUCAGAACCCAAGCCUUCGGAAGAAGCAGGGAAAGAAGAAAGUGUCGAGCAAUCUCAGCAACAAGAAAAUGAUACGCAACCUCCCACUACGAUUGAAAAUAAAGAUGCAACUGCUGACGACACUGCAACAACAGUUGAAGUUAGUCCUACAGAACCCAAGCCUUCCGACGAGGCAGGGAAAGAAGAAAGUGUCGAGCAAUCUCAGCAAGAAGAAAAUGAUAAACAACCUCUUACUAGUGACACUACGAUUGAAAAUAAAGAUGUAACCACUGAUAACAAUACAAUAACAGUUGAAGUUAGUUCUUCAGAACCCAAGCCUUCGGAAGAAGCUGGGAAUCAGGAAAGUGUCGAGCAAUCUCAGAAACAAGAAAAUGAUAAGCAACCUCUCACUACGAUUGAAAAUAAAGAUGCAACCACUGAUAACACUACAACAACAGUUGAAGUUAGUUCUACAGAACCCAAGCCUUCGGAAGAAGCUGGGAAUCAGGAAAGUGUCGAGCAAUCUCAGCAACAAGAAAAUGAUACGCAACCUCCCACUACGAUUGAAAAUAAAGAUGCAACUGCUGACGACACUGCAACAACAGUUGAAGUUAGUCCUACAGAACCCAAGCCUUCCGACGAGGCAGGGAAAGAAGAAAGUGUCGAGCAAUCUCAGCAAGAAGAAAAUGAUAAACAACCUCUUACUAGUGACACUACGAUUGAAAAUAAAGAUGUAACCACUGAUAACAAUACAAUAACAGUUGAAGUUAGUUCUUCAGAACCCAAGCCUUCGGAAGAAGCUGGGAAUCAGGAAAGUGUCGAGCAAUCUCAGCAACACGAAAAUGAUACGCAACCUCCCACUAUGAUUGAAAAUAAAGAUGCAACUGCUGACAACACCACAACAACAGUUCAAGUUAGUUCUACAGAACCCAAGCCUUCGGACGAAGCUGGGGAAAAAGAAAGUGUCGAGCAAUCUCAGCAUGAAGAAAAUGAUACGCAACCUCCCACUACGAUUGAAAAUAAAGAUGUAACUGCUGACGACACUGCAACAACAGUUGAAGUUAGUUCUGCGGUGUCUAAGCCGUCGGAAGAAGCUAGGAAUCAGGAAAGU